UACCACAGUAAACAACCUGAUCACCACUGCAACUGUUCCUAGUGAUUAGAUUUACAAAAAGCAAAAAGGAGCAAGUGAGGGGAGAUACAAAGUGGAGUACCAUAUACAUAUACAUUGUACGUAACAAGGAAGUAUCGUUGUCUUGAUAUAAAUAGAGUUGGCAGAGCAUAUCAAUUGAUUUCCCUCUCUCCCCUCGCCCCUUGAAAUUUCUAGCAAAAAAUAUCCACACCAGCUGUGCUUCCUAGGAAGAUCAACAAUCAAGUGUUGGUACAAGUUAUUGAUAUAGCCUACCAGAGGAGAAUAAUUACUCCAUCUCAAAGCUCGAAUAAUAAAAACUACAACCGGCAUCAUCAUCAUGAACUCGUUGUCCUCCUUCAGCUCGUCUUGGUUCCUGGUCAUCUUUAUCCUAGUUGCCUCGUCCCUGAUGCUCUCCUCUACAGGUGUUUCAGGUGCAACAUUUACAUUUAUGAACAAAUGCGACUACACGGUUUGGCCUGGAAUCCUUGCUAGCUCAGGCAGCCCUCCCCUAGAAAGCACUGGAUUUGAGCUAUCUAGGGGCACCUAUCGUACCCUUCAAGCUCCAACUGGUUGGUCAGGACGAUUCUGGGGCAGAACACUAUGCAACUUGAAUGGAUCUGAUCAAUGGGUUUGUGAAACUGGGGAUUGUGGUUCAGGUCAGCUGGAAUGCAACGGUGCCGGAGCUGCUCCACCAGCUACCCUAGCUGAGUUCACGCUCGGUUCAGGUGCUAGUACUAGUGGCGGUGAUGAUUUCUACGAUGUUAGCUUAGUGGAUGGUUACAAUCUACCAAUGGUUGUUGAGGCAUCCGGUGGGUCGGGUAGCUGUGUGGCGACUGGAUGUGUAACGGAUUUGAACAAGCAGUGCCCAACUGAGUUAAGGGUGGGAAAUGGUCAGGCAUGUAAAAGUGCGUGCGAGGCAUUUGGGACACCAGAAUACUGUUGCAGUGGUGAGUAUGGUAACCCUAACACAUGCAGGCCAUCAGUGUACUCACAAAUGUUCAAGUCAGCAUGUCCGAGGUCAUACAGCUACGCUUACGACGAUGCUACCAGUACAUUUACGUGCAUGGGUGCUGAUUAUAUCAUCACAUUUUGUCCAUCUUAUUCAAAGAGAGAUUCAACACCGAAAACAACAGAAGGAGAAUCUGGAUCAGGAUCAUCAACUCCAACCUCGACUCAAUCAGAAGGAGAGAUGUUAGCAGAUGGUUCAUGGUUAGCAGGCUUAGCUGCCGGAGAUUCCACAAGGAACCUCGCUUCUGCAAUCACGGUUGCUGCAUCUACCACCAUUCUCAUCCUCACUUUCUUCUAGUUGCAGUCUUUCUUUACUCCUCUUUUUCUCAAUACUCUUCAGCAGAAGCCAAGGGAGGAGGAGGAAAUUAUUCAUUAGUUAGUGUCAAUGAUUUCUUACUGACUUCCAACCUAAAACUUAAAAUUGCUUCGGAUUGGGAGUUGGGUUUUUGAUUUGUUGAGAAAGUUGACAGAAUAACAUAUUGUAAACCACCAUUUUGCAUUUUCCCACACCUUUAAUUUAUUUAAUGAGUGUCCCUAGAUGUAAUUAUACCAAAAAAGGGAAAAAGAAAAAAGAAAAAAACUUGUACAGAGCUA